AUGUCAGAACAUGAAUCCGGGGUCAUCCCUCACAUUAUUUCGCCCAUUGCUGCUGCAAAUCGUGUGAAGCGCGUCCCUCAAGAAACCGACGAGGAGGCGCUGAAGAAGGCCAUCCACCAGAUGCCGUUGUUGUCGCAUCUCUCGUGGCAAUCGUUGGCUCUUAUGGAUGGUACAUUCAGCGCCUCCGUGAAUCUGGACCGCGAAGCCUUCGAGAUGUUUUCUGGCCACCUUGCGCGAUGGAACUCCAACCUCAAUAUGCAGAUGGAAGGUCGGAAUGAGCUAGUGUGGUGGAUGCACCAGCGCCCAAAUACAGCUAACUUCUGCGACUACGACGUCAGCCCGCAAUCAAGGGCUCGUGACCAAAACUUGAUCUCGGUUUACAAGGUUCUCUUAGUGUAUAGGUUGUGGGAUUCGUUAGCUGCGGCUUUAUCCAUGGAUGAGACAGAAUGUAAUUUCAAGGCUCCUCGGUUGAGAGUGCCCAAGGCAAAGUCGAUCAGGUUUCCUCCGUUGUGGCACAGCGAGCACUUUGCGACUGUUAUCAACAUUCCAAACAUCCGGACGUUCAUCGCAAAUGCUCGCAAGACGUGCGCGAGAGAAUAUCCAUGGAUGGCCAAGCCGUUCGAAGACAUCGACCACGGAGAUCUCACAGACAACAGGUAUACGCGCACGCAGAUUCAAUCCUCCGAGAAAUCGGAUGUCGUCGGACUUCUUCGCAAUAUGACCCAGAGGCUGAGCUCUGCGAACGCUCAGCGCAUCAUCUUCAAUGUCGAAUCUGCGUCGCUCAUGGUCCGAUGGGUGCUUCACCAUGAUGGAGCUCUAGAGAUAGACCUUGGGAAAGCCAUCAAGGCUUUCACUGACAAAUCCCUCCGAGAAUCUGGUGGUCGCGAUGAGGACGGGAUAAGGAGUCUGUCACCGUUGCAGAUUGAGGCAGCAUGCGGAUUUGCCGUUCUUGUCAUGGCACGCCUCCAGUCUCCUAGGAGCUCCCAGACGCUCCUUCUAUUCUUUCGGGGCUUCCUAGGAGCUCCAUACAUUCUUCUAUCCUUUCGGGUCUCCUAG